UUUUGUCCAUUUAUCGGCAGCGAUGGUGAAAAAGCGCGGGGUCGUCACUGCGCAGGUGCCGUCGGAAGCUUCCUCCUCCAAGAAGCACCGUGGAGACGACGGGACUUCAUCGGGUCCAUCAGUGUCACCGGCGAAGAAGAAGGAUGCUGUGCAUGCACAUCCAAUAGCUGCAGCACCGGUCGCAGCACUCGUACCACCUUCGACGUCCGUGCUGCGUGACUUGAUCUUGAAUGUCCAACGCGGGCAACUGGAUGCUGUGGUGAAGACGCUCAACGAGUUCCGUACAGGUGUGCUGGUAGACGAAACCACAGGCGAAGUAUCGUCGACGUGUCCGUUGCUGCAAGCGUACUUGCAGAUCUCGCCGCAGUCGGAACCGCUUGUGGACUUGUGGGGCAGCGCACUGUGGUUGGAAGACAAGUCGCGUCAGAUCAUUCCUGUCGUGAUAGAGCUGCUAACGUUUGUGUUCCAGUACCUCCGAGUCCAGUCUCCCGCGGUCGCGGAAGCGGUCGCGCUCCACGUGCUCAAGACCAAGAUGGAGUUGAUCUCCAAGCAACUGAGUUGGUCAGAUAAGCCCCAUGUGGAACACGCGACCCUUGCCUUGUGCACGUCCAUGGUGACCCUCCACCCGCGUAUCGCGCGCGAGUUCGUCCGGCUCUUCGACUUCACCGCGAAAGCCUUCGACAAACUAUGCGUCCGCCGGUCCAAGCCCUUUGACGUCGUCGUCCUUUCCCGUCCUCCCCGCCAGAUCAACGUCCGACAUGCGUUCGUCCAGUUGAUUCUCGCACUGGUCACGACGGACGACCAACAUAUCCGUCGCUUUGCCCUCAAAGGCGACGGCAUCGCCCACGCGCUCUUCAAGAGCAUCGACGACGACACGUACGAGGACGUGACGUUGAUCCUGUCGACGCUGGCGGCCGCCGUGCUUGCGUCCACGGACGUCCGCGGCAAGCGCGCCGUCUACUCGUCCUUUGCCAUCUCGCAACUGGUCAAGCUCAUCGAUUCGUCGGAUGCGCGCAUCGUGGCGCUGGGGACACAGACGCUGGACGCGCUCUUUUUCCACGACAAGGCGCUGUACCGCGUAUCCCAAGCGGCGACGCUCGCGCACCUCGAGCCCGUCACGUCCCCGGACGACACGUCAUCAUCUUCCGAGACUGGCGCCAUGAAGGUCCUGCUCAAGCUGCUCGCGUCGUUCGACUUGACGGCGACGAUGGCGCACCCGACCCGCGAAGCGCUGCUGUUCCGGUUCGUGUCGACGUAUCCGGCGCUGAUUGUAGUCGUGUUCCAGUCGUUCCAUGCCGUGAUGGAACCGCGGCCGUCGUACAAGUGGUUUGCCGCGGCGUCGUUCGUGCUCAAAGCGCUGCGCCUCCCGCUCACGGCGCUAUCUGAGACUUCAUCCAAUGAUGGCCAAUACCUCAUGGAAGCGCCGCUCGUCAAGCUGGUGUGGCCUCUGGGCAUGCAAAAGAAGGAUCUGUCCAAGGCGGUGCAGCACACGGACCUAUUGGUUGUGCACACGGCGCUCAAUUUGCUUCUCGUCGUGCUCAUGCGCGCCGCGGCCUUGAUGAGCCAAGGGCGGGGGAAUGGCGGCGGCGAUCUGUCGUUGCAGCAUGCGGUGCGCAGUCUCGUGCCGCCGCCCGAGCUCAUCGUGGCGCUGUGCACCAAGUACCGCACGUCCACGACGGACCCCGUCAUUGCCGACAAGAAGCGCGCGACGAUCUACGGCAAGACGCUGUCCGUGCUGCAGCUGUACUUUACCCACCUUCCGCAACUCAUGACCGAGACCAAGUUCGACUUGUCGAAACUCGUCGCGCCAAACCAACCGCUGCCGCUUCGAGGCGCGGUGCUGGGGCUGCUGGACGUCGCCGAGCCGUCCCGGUUGGCGUGGAUUGUGCUGGGCGACACAUCCAAGCUCAAGAUAUUGCUCCAGUACGCCACGGCACCCGCGUCCGCCGUGACGCCGCUGGCAGUCCGCGUCGUCCGGCGGGUCCUGGCGUCUCUGCACACGUUUGGCGUCGCGGAGCCGCAGCCGGACGUGCCCCACGAGAUCGACCUGUGGCUGCGGCCGCUGGUGACUUCGCCUUCCGAAGCGGCGACGGCGUUCUUGGACGUGUUGGUGCGCGGAGUCGCGGCUCAUCCGUUUCACUUUGUGAACGACCGCACGAGCCCCAUGACUCAAGCGCUGGUCGCGUACUUCCAACGCGACACGUUUCCAUUUCAGAUCAAACACGUCGACGAGCCAUACGCGGUGAGUGCGUACGGCGUGCAAGUGCUGGCCAAGCUCGCGGCGUUGUAUCCUCCCACGUGGUCGCUCCCGCAGCAAUGGACGGACGACGACAGUGGCGGCGGCACCAACGACCGCGAUCCACUGCGGUUGGUGGCGACUCUAGCUACCGCCACUACCAACCACCACCAAUCGACAACCCAUCACAAGCCGGCUUUGCCGUCGACCAAGGACACGAUCGCCCACCUCACAAGUCCCAACCAACCAGACAACAACAAGGGAGUGGUGGUGGUGCUCACUGAAGAAGUGUUGACUGGAGUAUGGGCUGCGACUGGGUCGUUUGCAGUCAUAUGGGACUACUUUCGAGCCCAUCCGACCGAAUCUCUCUUCUUUUUCCAAGCCAAUCAGACGAGUCCGUGCCUCGACGCCGUGGUGCGCCCCGCCGCCAGUGUAAGUCCGCUGGUACGUCAGUUCGUCGACAGCUCCCCCGUGGACCUGGUGCUAUCGUCGCUGUUUUCUCCGCUUGUGCUGCUAUCUCCAUCUCGAACGUCCCCAGUCGACGCCAAACACAUUGUCUCGUACUUGGAACGCAAAGCUUGUACCAUCUUGGACAUCGUCGACGUUCAAGUGGCCAUAUUGGACCUCGUGCACGGCUUGAACGUGUACCGCCAACGCCGAUUGAACCUGGAAGCCAUCACUGCAGAGUACACGGCCGCCGUGGCCGUAUCCAUCACGGCGCUGCAUUUUUUGCUGCUCUGGGGCGCCCACCACGGACGCUAUCCCGCCGCGUUCUAUCAGGUCGUAUGGCGGUCUACUGAGUUUGGCGACGAGGAUAGCGACGAGGUGCUGCUGCGGUGGAGUGUGCUGCCUUACUUGCUGAGCUCGUUCGUGCCGGACGCGACCACGUCGGCCUUCUUGACGGACCAUCCGGUGGACCAAGCGUCGCCGCUCAGUGCGGUGCUGCUCCCACGGCGCCAUCUGUCGUCCGCGCAUCUCCUCGACGCCCUCGCCGCCGUCCUCAACUGUCCGCGGGUCAACGCCCCGCUCGUGCGCCACUUGAUUCGGCUUACAAGCACCCAGACCCUGCCCCGCCCGCACUUGCUGCAGAAAGUGUUUGCGUUCUGGCAAGCUCACGACGACGACGACGAGGCGGCGGCGGCUCCGUCAGUCGUGAAAAGCUGGAUGCUCCACUACGUCCUCCAUCACCCACUCAACGAGUGCGCGGUGGCCGUCCCGCUGUUCGACGCGUGCUGGACUCGUCUCCAGACCUGCCAUCAUUCCCAGCUCAACCUCCGCAUCCUCGAAGCGCUGAUCCAACGCUCCCCCGCCUGCCGCGCCGAGUUUACCCGCGUGCCCGACACCCCUUCCCGCCGCGUCUCGACGUCGGUGGCCGGCCUCACGAGGCUCUGCGCGGCGUACCUGUCGUCGCUGCCUCUAGUUCCGUCGUGCGUGUCGUGGAUCGAAGCCGUGGUGCUGCCUGCGUUCGUGGACCAAGUGCUGGACGCCCCCGACACUCUACACACAUGUUCCAUCUCCGCAUUGGCGGACGCGUACGCGACGCUGUACUCGUCGUCCGAUGAUGCAAAGGAGUUGGCGCACUUGGAGUGGCUGUCGGACGUAUUGGCCACCAAGAAGCACGCCGUGCCCAAGUCGACGUUGCAACUGCUGCUCUUGACGGCCCAGUACAGUGAUCUGUCCAAGCAAGCGUCCAAGUGCGUGAGCUUUGGGUUGGCCCAACUCACCCUCCAUGCCAUACAUCACGAGGAUGCAACAGUCGUGGAUGAUGCCAUCGCGACCUUUACGCGGCAUGUACUGACCAGGUAUGGCCUGCCCAAGCGCGUGCCCGAAUCUGCGAUACAGUCGUUCGUGACCCACUUGCCACCCAAUUGGGUCGCUUGUGAGCCGUUGCUGGAGCUAGUGGCGACUCUCGUUCCCUUGUAUCCGUCGCUGAUGGACAUGUCCUCGCUGCUGGAGCAACUCGUGGACGCGUUCGACGCUUCGUUUGCCAGCAACGCGGCGGAAAUGUUCGUCAAGACCCUCGGCGUUGUGAUAUUGGCUUGCAAUCACCCUCCUAUUCCGUCGAGUGUCGUGUCGGAAGCGUUCCUGCGACAUGUGCUGGCGGCGUACGGCGCCACGCUCUCCCCCCUGGACCUCUUACUCAAAGCCGUCGUCGACGCAAUAGUCGUCGUCGCCGGGGAGGAUCAUGUGACGCUCGAACGCGUCGGGUACUGCUUUGGAAGCAAGGCCAACCACGUCGCGACUGCCGAUUUGGACCAGCACUGGCUGCUUGACGAGAUCGACGCCGACAUGAUGAACACGUCCAUCGCGCACUUCCCCAUCGACCGGCCGUUCCAUGGAUCAGCGUACGCAUCGUCUUCUCGUGAUAUGUACGAUCCGGCGUACAUGCUGCCGCUCAUCGCGCACACGAUCUCGUCCAGCGCCAUCCCCGACCGCCACCUCCUUUCAUCUGGCAUCUUGGGAUAUGCCAUUUGCGGCCUCUCUGCCCACGACGCGACCCUCCGAGCUCAUGCGUACGGCAUCGUCGCGACCGCCCACGAAUCCAUGAGUGCCACCGCCCGCACCUUUGACUUUAGCGAGCGCCGCCAAGUCUUUUUGCUGCUCGAGACCCUCAAAAACGGCAUCGCAGAGCCCCACGCCCGCCUCCCGUGCCUCCUCUCGGUGUUCGUCAAUGACGCCAUCGCGGCGCUGCUCAAGCCUGGACACUUUAUGUUUCCCCUCGUCAACGCCUUCCUCCUCUCCCGGUCCGCCCUCGACGUGAACGACGUCCCCAUGUUCUACGCGCUCUUUAACAGCAGCUCCACCAUGUUUCGCGCUGAACGAAGCUGGCUGUUGCACUUGGUGAAACGAGGCGUCAAGCUUGACGUGGACGUGGAGCUGCUCCAGCGCCGCCACGUGUUCUCCAUCCUCCUCGGCUUCUUCGACUCGCCCCUCGCCGACGCCCACACCCAGGGGCUGGUGCUGGAAAUCCUGGCCACCGCCGUCGCCACCGCCGCGGGAAACGUCAUACUCGUGCACAAGAUGGGACUCCUGGCAUGGCUCCAAGCUGUGGCUAUCAAGCACGAGGGCAAGUUCACAGCGCUGCUUCUGUCGUUGGUUCAUACCUCCAUCCAGAGCUAUUACUUGUCGGAGAAACCUACCGACCGAUAUGCCGCCAAUACCAUGAGCCAACUGCACCAACUCUGUCGCACAUUAGUCGUCCAACAUCAGCAGUGUUUGAAACCCACCGACGUCCGAGAUGUCGACUUUGCUUUGCUCCCGGCCGUGCUCACGCAGUUUUUUACGUUUUGCACGCUGGCCAAAGCCCCGCCGUCGACGUCCGUGUGGUUCUCCCUCGACUUGCUCGACUCAACCACGGCGUUGCUGCCUCGAGAUUCCCCGUUUGCCCUCGCGUUGCUCCCACAUGUGGUGUGGUAUUUGCAGCGAAUUCCAGCCGCCCCCCGCGACUUCCAAUUCGGUCGGCAGACUUUUGAGCGGUGGGCCGGCGUCGUGUCGUGGGCCGUGGCCCAAGCCGCCACCUCCCGGAACCUUCCCCUCCAACUGGCCCUGCCGGACGCCGUGCUCGCAUUAACCCAAGCGGUUCGUGGCUUUCACGUCGACGUUGUCUAGCUGUACUUUUUAACUACUAUUAAUAGUAUAUCAUGGACUACUAACUACUACUAGUGGUUUGCAC